AUGACAUCACUAUUGCCAUAUCUUACUGGAACAAUCUCUCCCUCAACUUCAUUGGCUAGUCCAGAUGCGACUGACAUGUGGACACCUAGCAAUGCCACUUUACUAAACUACUCCUCUUCAAGUUGUGAAGACCAAUCUACUCCUUCGACAACUGACGUCUACAACGAAUCUAUGUCUCAUCUGGCAAGUUUAACGUCUUUCAAAGAAAUUUCAACAUUGUCAUUUCGACUAACUAGCAGUUGGGAUGAAACUACACAAAGUGAGAAAGAAGCGUGCAUUGAAAAGGCUAGCGAAGCAUGCCAAGUACAGUGUGUAUUGUAA